AUGCAGGGCAUCCAUUAUUACGGCCUCGCCCUCAUCCCUUGCGAAGAAUCAAAAAAAAAGGCCCGUCCGGAGUCGUGGGAUCCGGAGCGCGAAGACGCAAAGGCUGCAAGCCUGCCCGGGACCGACUCGGCAGUAAAAGAGCCAGACGAGGCCGCGAGCGCUCAACAAAAGGCCAGCAGCAGCAGCAGCUUUCUCCGUCUCUGCUCGCUAUAUCCCGUCUGCAAGAUCGUCUACAACCUGUACUUCCACCCGCUGGCGAAGAUCCCCGGGCCGCGGGCGUGGGCAGCAACCCGUCUUCCCUACUGCCGAGCGCUCAUUCAGGGGACGAUAGUACACGACUUUGAGAAACUACACCAGAUAUACGGGCCGGUUGUGCGGACUGCGCCGGAUGAGGUCACCUUUGCGCGUGGAGAUGCAUACAACGACAUCUUCCGGGUCCGUCAGGGCCAUAACCAGUUCCUCAAGGACCCCGUCUGGUGGGCGAGGCAGAAGGGCCAGCCGGACUCCAUACUCAGCGCGAUUAGGCCGGAAAACCAUGCUCGGAUUCGAAAGAUACUGGCUCCCGGGUUCACUACUCGUGCGCUGAAGGCACAGGAGCCGCUGGUUCAGAAAUACGUCAAUCUUCUUAUCCAGCGGAUGCACGACAAGGCGAGCGAGGUCCAGGACGGCAAAAAGGGGGUCGAGUUUGAUAUCGGGCCCUGGUUCAACUUUACCACCUUUGAUAUCUUUGGAGAACUCGGCUUUGGAGAGUCGUUUGACUGCCUCGAGAAUUCCCGGUACCAUCCAUGGAUUGCGCUGCUUUUCAACAGUGUCAAGGCGGCCGCAUUUAUAUCUGCUGCCAAAUUCUUCCCGCUGAUCACCUUAAUGCUCAUGAAAUGUAUACCCGAGUCCCUCAAGAAGGUGCAGAAGGAUCACUUCCAGCAGAUUGUAGAUAAGGUCGACCGGCGUCUCAGCUGGGAACUGGACCGUCCGGAUUUCAUGUCUCAUGUUAUCAAGUCCGACGGAACCACGAAGAUGCCGAUUGGGGAGAUCUAUGCCACCUUCAUGGUGAUGACUACUGCCGGAAGCGAGACGACUGCAACCACACUCAGUGGGACGAUGAAUCACCUUGUUUCCCAGCCGGAGACCCUUGCAAAGCUCACCAAGGAGGUGCGCAGUGCAUUCCAGAGCGAGAGUGACAUGACCCUGGAUGCCCUCCAGGACCUCCCGUACCUCGACGCCGUACUUCGGGAGGGCCUCCGAACCUGUCCACCCGUUCCAUGGAUGCUGCCCAGAGUUGUCCCGCGUGGAGGUGACACUGUCUGUGGAACCUGGUUACCCGAGGGUACCGCUGUGAGCAUCCAAGCAUACACCCUCAACCGCGACCCUUCAUUCUUCCACUCAGCAACAUCCUUUAUCCCUGAGCGCUGGCUCCCCGAGGCCAGCACCAACCCAAAAUCCCCCUUCUACCAUGACCAGCGCAACGCUGUCCAGCCGUUCAGCGUUGGACCAAGAGAGUGCCUUGGCCAGCAUCUUGCAUGGGCAGAGCUGAGACUUAUCCUCGCUAGAUUGGUCUGGGCGUUUGAUUUUGAGGCUGUAGAGGGGAAGAAACUCAGAUGGGAAGAGCUGAGGACCUUUCUCCUGGUUGAGAAGAAGCCGAUUCAAGUGAGAAUUAAGCGGAGAUCAGAUUAA